CAGCGGAGCUAACGUCGGAUGUUUUCAGGUUUCCGCUCAGCUUGUGGGACAUAAGAGACGCCCAGAAGAUGAUGGAGUCUUGUUUAGCCGGGAAACCGGAGCGCGUCGGACCGGUGGAGGUGGACGACAUAAAGAGAGACCUGCUGGGUGACUUCGCUGCUCUGCCUGCACAACAGGACAGCGCUCAGUCGCAGACAGAGAACCUGCAGGUUUACCUGAGAGUUCGACCUUUCACUUCAGCUGAGAGCGACAACGGAGAGUCUCAGGACUGUGUGACCAUCGAGGGGCCCGACACUGUGGUCCUCAAGGCCCCCAGGAGCUGUCAAUCAAACCGACAGGGUGACAAGUCCCUCCCACAAACUGCACAGAGGUUCGCCUUCACACAGGUGUUCGGUCCGGAGGCCAGUCAGAGGAAGGUGUUUGAUGGUUCUGUUCGUGGUUUGGUCCGAGACGUCCUGCAGGGAGGAAACUGUCUGGUGUUCACAUAUGGAGUCACCAACGCUGGAAAGACCUUCACCUUCCUCGGUCCGGACCAUGACUCCGGUCUGCUGCCCAGGUCUCUGUCUGUGAUCUUUAACAGCGUUGAAGGUCGUCUGUACAGUCGCUGCGACCUGAAGCCUCAGCGCUGCAGAGACUUCAGCAGACUGACUGCAGACCAGCAGGCGGCAGAGAGCAGCAGCAAGAGGAGCGACAAAACUCUGACAUGUGGAAGGUCAGCUUUCCUUGAAGCCUCGUCCCUCAGCAGCGACAGCAGUGUGAACAGUGUUUCUGAAGCUGACAGUUUCUGUCUGGACGUCGACUCCAACGUCCGUUUCUCCAUCUGGGUUUCGUUCUGUGAGAUCUACAACGACAACAUCCACGACCUGCUGGAACAGGUUCCCAGCGGUCACCAGAGGAGGACGGUGCUGCGACUGUCACAGGACGUCAAAGGGAACUCCUUCAUCAAAGACCUGCGCUGGGUCCAGGUGAGCAGCUCUGAGGAGGCCUACAGGGUGAUGAAGAUCGGGAAGAGGAACCAGAGCUUCUCGUCCACCAGACUGAACCAGCUGAGCAGCAGGAGCCACAGCAUCUUCUCCAUCAGGAUCCUCCGAGUGGACGACGUCGGGGUUCCCAGGGUCCUCGGCAUCAGCGAGCUGGCGCUGUGCGACCUGGCCGGCUCGGAGCGCUGCUCUCGGACCCACAACACCGGGGAGAGGCUGAAGGAAGCGGGAAACAUCAACAGCUCGCUGCUGACGCUGGGGAAGUGCAUCAGCGCCAUGAGGCUCAACCAGAACGCCAAGUUCCAGCACCACGUUCCCUUCAGGGAGUCCAAGCUCACCCACUUCCUGCAGUUCUUCUUCUGUGGUGCCGGCCGGGUCUCCAUGGUGGUCAACAUCAACCAGAACUCGUCCUGCUUCGACGAGACGCUCAACGUUCUCAAGUUCUCAGCCCUGGCUCAGAAGGUGGUGGUUCUGUCCUCGAGGCCGGCGGUCCAGGACGACGCCUCCCACAGGUCGGCCAUGGAACUGUCGAUGAUCAUCGACGAGGCCGACCGGCGCAGGAAGGUGUCGGGUCGCGGCAGGAAGAGCUCGCUGGUUGCCUGGGAGACGAGCCUGGAGGAUGUGAUGGAGGACGGCGAGGAGUGGGAGGAGGAGGAGGAGGAGGAGGAGGAGGAGGAGGAGAGCGCGAUGGAAGGGACGGUGCUGGAGGCAGGAGGUGAGGAGGACGAGCAGGACAUAACCAUGGAGGAGGAAGAGAAGUCGGGCAGGGAGGCGGCGCUGCGUUUGGUUCUGGAGGCUCAGAUCAGAGAAGAAGUCAGCGCUGAGUUCAUGGAGCUGUUCAACAAGAUGGAGAAAGACUACAGUGAGCGUCUGGAGAAGGAGAGGGAGAUCCUGGAGGAACGAGCAGAGAAGAGGGUGGAGAUCCUGAAGAACCUCGUCAGCAAGACGGUCGACCUGUCGGCCGCCAACGCUGAAGGCAGCAAGGAGGAGCAGGUGGUUCAGUUGGAGGGAAUCAUCAGCUCAAUGACUGAAGACCUGGAGAAGAUCAGAGAGGAUGCUCAGAGCGUCCACCGCUGUCUGGCUGAACAAACACAAGCUGCAGAACUGGAGGCGCUGCAAUUGGAGAAGAAGCAGUCACUUGAACAACUUCAGGAAGCUAAAGAGAGUCUGGAGCAGCAGCGACUGAAGGUAUCAGAGCUGAUGGACAUCUGUCAGCAGAAAGACAACAUCAUCUCUGAACUGAAGGCGGCCGUAGAUGGGAGGAGGCCAGGAGGGGAGCAGGAGAACCGCAAACGCCAGCGAGACUCUCUGGAGGACGAGGAGGACCGAGGAGGACUGGCCAAGAAGAGAGUGGUUCUGGAGGAGGAGAUCUGGAGGCUGCAGGAGGAAAACGACAAGAAGGAGGAGACCAUCACUGAGCUGAGAGAGAGGGAGGAGAGGUGGAGGAGCCAAGAGGAGGAGCUAAGGAGACGGGAGGAGGACCUGAACAAGGACAGUGAGAGGCUGAAGGAGGGACUAGAGAAGGAGAAGAUGAAGCUAAAAGAGGAACUAGAGAAGGAGACGAGGGGUCUUGAGGAGAAGCUGAACAAGGAGAAGAUGAGGGUAGAGGAGGAGGUGGAGAAGGAGAAGAUGGAGCUAAAAGAGCAGAUUGAGAAAGAGAAAAUUAGGUGGGAGAAGGAGCUGAACAAGGAGAAGAUGACCCGGGAGGAGGAAGUGGAGAAGGAGAAGACGAGGCUGGAGGAGGAGCUGAGGAGACGGGAGGAGGAGGUGGAGGAGCUGAAGAAGGAGCAGGUUUUGCUGGAGCAGAAGGUGCAGAAGCUUGCUGAUCUGGAUGAGUGUCCGAACUGUGACUCGGUGUUUUCGUCUCUGGAGUCGGAGCAGAGGGAAACAUCCAGACUGCAGAAGGAGAACAAAGCUCUGGUUAACGGCAUCUUCCAGCUGCAGACGGAGGUGACCAGUCUGCAGACGCAGCUCAAACAGCAGAUUGACAGGUCUGACAGCCUCUCAGAGGAGUUCAGCACCACUAAGACCCGCCUCCACGACCUGGAGAGCCAAUCAGAGGAGAAGGCCAGCUCCAUCAACAGCCUGACGCAGGAGGUGGAGCGUCUGAGACAAGAAGUCAAGGACGAGGAGGGGCGGAGCAGCAGCAGCAGCAGUGUUUUCCACGCUGCCAUGGAGGAGCUAAAGAAGGAGAGUCAGGCGGCGCUGCAGAGGUCAGCUCAGAAAUCAGAACAAAUAGAGGAGCUGGAGAAAGAGAAGAGGCAGCUGGAGGAGACUCUGAUGCACAGGUGAUCAAUACUGUUACUGGUCAAUACACAGGUGAUCAAUAUCGUUACUGAUCAGUCCACAGGUGAUCAAUACUG